GAUGGGCCGCUGGCAGCCCUCGCAGACGGCGGGAUGCGGGCAGUCGGAGCCUGCAGCGCACAGGGCGAGAGACGGGCCGUCAGCGCCGACCAGCCCGGCCCAGCGUCCCGAUCGCGCGGUGCCCGCAGCUCCGGCCCCAAAGGCGAGGGCAGCCCGGUACCGCCGUCCGCCGCCUGCGCUUCCCCGGCCGCCGCGCCAGGGGCCGGGCAGCCUCAGCUAGUUCGUCCCAGUCAGCGGACUCCGCCGCGGAGAGGCCGCGGGCCUGGAGCCUCGGCUCGGCGCUGCGCGCUCCCCUUCUCCGGAGAUCGAGCGCUUGGUGAUAAUAUAUAUGAGAACGAGCACGGCGCGGGGCAGCCGGCUGGGACCGAGACAGGAGAGUUCUGGAGGCUGAGAAGUCCAAGAUGAGCGGAUUCGGUGCCUGAUGGCAGGGAUCCCAAUUCUGUGGGCUCCACAUCUUCUCCGCAUCAGACACUUUUACAGGUCUGAUGUCAUGAGUUCUCAAGACUCCCCUGGAGGGGAGGGACGGUGGUCUCCAUAACUCUGAUCGCAGCAGCCUCUCCACUCAGGAGACCUAGCACAUUGCAGGGCCCCAUUCUUCUUGGUGUUUCAGGGAGACCCCAAGGGGUGUAGAACGUGCACCCACAGGUAAGUCCUGCUUGUCAUUUUACUUUGAAAGGAAAAUAUAGAAUUGAUUUAUUUGCAGACGACAUGAUCAUCCAUGUAGAAAAAUCCAAUGUAAUCUACAAAAAAGCUGCUGAAGCUAAUUAUUGAGAUAUAAUUCACGCAAGUCCUUGUUGUCAUUUGACAAUUCCUUCACCCUCCCUCACCUCCUAUGCCAUUGCCCUGUGAACAAACUUCACCACUGUGGUCACUGGCCACACAGAGACACUCCUCCCCGCGGACUUCCUGUGCGCUGAUGACCUUGGAAGGGAAGGGGAGGUCAUUCCUCUGGGUUUUGUUCGGUUAGGGGGAUCCGCAGCAGUGCUGCUUGGGCACACGAAGGGGCAGAGUUUAGUGAAGUGAGGCUUCCUUCCGCACAGUUCUUUUUCUCCCCAGGGAGCAGUCAGGAGAGUCAGGAGAGCUGUGUCCACGUGGGUGCUGAGCCGCACUGCCACCCACAGUGCUCACAUCCUGCCCGCGCCCCGCUCUGCUCCUCAGGCCCUGGGCUCAGUCUGGCUCUUUUCCUCUCCCAGGGGCCCACUGCUCCUCCUGGGUACUCUGCUCCCAUGUUCCCCCAGGCUGUCACAUGUCACACGUCCGAACCCACAGUGGGUGAGCUUCACAUCUACCCCAGGAUGCUGCUGGGUCCUCAGUGGGCGCAGUAGCUGUCGAGCAGAAGCGUGUUGCUGGACUUCGACGUGGCUGCCCCUCCGCCCCAGUCGGAGGGUCCGUUCCCGUGGUGCAGAUGCAGAGAUGGUGGUUCACAGAGAGGACCGUACCUGCCCAAGUUCUCACCUCAAGUUAUGACAGAGCCAGAAUUUGUGCCAUUUCUCUCUGAUGCCAAGUUCUGUGCUAGUUCUGCCGUGUCCUCCAGGACCGGCCAUUUCCCGCCAGCUUCCGAAACCCGCGAGGGGAGAGGCUCUGAGCCGGGAGGAGGGUAGGUGAAGGGAUGUGAGAAGCGUGAAUGGUACGGCGCUCUGCGCAAGGGUAACUGGGCAGCUUCUCCCAUCCACAUCCCUGGACUCUAGUCCCACACGCUCGGUCCCCAGGGCCACCCGUGGAAACCUUCUCUUCCUCAAAUCCUACUACCAGACCCAGCGUUCUGCCCCUGGGGCUCCUGGGUUCAGGGGCCCUUCACCUGCCUGAGCCCUGGGUGGUGUUGGGAUGGGGUUGGGCGGGAGGGAGGCUGGGUGUUGACAGGCAGCUGGGCUCACCGGCUGUGGGCCUGGCCCCUCCCCCUACCCUUCCUCCCCUUCCCAGCUGGCUCCGAAAGGGAAGCGGGGUGGGGGCAACUUCACAGGGAAACUUUUGUUCUUGCCCAGAACAGACACAGGCUGGGGACCGAGCUUCCCCUUGGCUGCCACGGAGACCGGGGCCACUUGAGUUCAUGUUUAUUUUCACAGUGUGGAUUCCAUGGAGAUAAUCGGCCCUGACGGGGCAGCCCUGGAAGAGGGCUCGGGACUCUGCGGAGUGCCUACUGUGUGCUAGGCCCGAGGUAGGCGGGAGCCAAUGAGAUCCCAACCCCCAGAGAUCAGGUGCUGACUGAUCACACUCGACGGAGGAGGAGGCCACCAAGGUGCAGAGAGGGGAAGCCACUUGCCCAAGGUCACACAGCAGGUUAGCAGAGUGCUGGAAGGGGAGGCCGCAUGCUCCCCUGGGCUCUUUCUACUUUUAUGCCUGAGUUACUGGCAAAGCAACUCAGCCGCCCUGGGGCUUCACGGAAGAAGCACUGCCCAGGGUUCCCCACAGGCCGGGGUCCGUGAAGCAGGAUGGGUAAGAGCGUGGACAUCUCUUCCAAGGGGCUCCAGUCCAAGCCGAGGCCUCGGGCAAGCAGUGUUCUCUGAGCCCUGGUCUCCUCCUCUGUGCAACGGGACUGAUGACAGCGUCUGUCUCAUCAGAGCCGUGCAGCUUGACGAGGGGGGAGAACUCAGUAAUAACCAUUGUUAUUAUACUAUUAUCACUGCUAGUCUUCCAUCCUACCCAAUGCUACACCCUCGGGCUCACCGCGGACCCAGGAGUGUCCUACAAGAUGUGUCAGUGCUGUUCCCGAGUGGCAGCUUCUCCUGCCGAGGCCGUGAGGGGCGUGAGGGGGGGGAUGGCCUGUGUGUGAAUCCCGACCGCUUGUCAUCCCUGGGAGCAGACCAGGGAUUUCACAAGGAAUCACCCCCAGCCCCUCCCCGGUCGGGCCAGCAGCCCUCGCCCUGCCGCAUCCUCCUCAGGGCACCGCUGGACCACCCAUCCCCUGGCCCAGGCCCUCCCCCAAAUCCACCCUCGCCGUUAUUUAAUUUUUUUUUUCUGUAUUUACUUUUCCCACCACUUCAUUUCAUUCCUGAAAUACACCUCAAAGCCCCAGAUAGACCCAACUCACCAGGCCAGUCAUGAGUCCGCCAGUAAGACCGGCAUCGGACGCGUGAGGACCCGAGGAAACAGCCGAAUCAAAAACCAAACAUGGAACCAAUAAAAUCUUUAACCUGACACUACAAACUUCCCACAGACUUCAGAGAAAUACCUCGAGAAGUGCACGACCUUUUAGUUUCUCCCCAAGGCUACCACCUCCUCCAGCGGGGUCUUUCUAAAAUACAGAUUUGACCUUGUCACUUCCCGGCUUCAGAACCCUUCGAUGGCUCCUCAUUAUUUAUUAUUCUUAUUCGCUUGCAUUUAUCGAGGUCCUCUGCUCGCUGGGUCCUGUGCUGGAUGCCUUUCAUGCAUGUGUUCCCAUGGGGCAGGGACUGUUGCUAUCCUGGUCUCAGGGAAGAGGGAGCAGCGGUGCGGGGGGACCGCAGGGUCACGAAGCUGCUGAGUGGCGGAGCUGGGAUGCAAACUCGGGUCAGCCUGCGUCCAGAGCCGGGGCCUCUCCAGCUCUCUGCGGCCCUGCUGGAGGCCUCAGCCCGCCCUUGACGAGCUCCCCGGCCUGGGGUCUGGCCGCUUUUCCCUCCGCCCCCUCUGGGUUGACCUUCCUACUCGUCACUUCUGUCACUCAGUCUCAGUGUGGGAACCACGCUCCCAGCACGGGCUCCGGACCUCAACCUUGGUCUCCACAGGGACCUCCUCGUCUCCAGUCACCGAUCAGCUCCUGUGGCUUGAACUCCUGACUCACCAGCGGCUCUUCAACUGCCCCAUUUUGAGAUAACAGCCCUUCCUUGACCUUGAGGCUCCUGCUAGCUACCACCUUCUAUCUCUUUUUCCAUCUCCUGCCAAGAUCUUAAAAGCCCAGUGUGUGCCCCCCCAUAUGCCCGCCUCAUCACCCCCACCCACCCCUCAGCUCUUUGCACUCUCCUCCCAAGUCUCCCCUGAAAUGGCCCCGGGUGAGGCCACCUCUGACCCCUGGGUCAUCUCGUCCACUUGUCCAGCUUCUGGGCUUCAUCUUACCUCCUGCUUACCCCCUGUCUCCUCUGGUUCACCACCUUCUGGCUGCUUCUACUCCAGCUGCUUCUUGACAACUCUUCCUUUGCCCCCUGUCCUGAAUGUUGGUGCACAUGGACCACGCUCCCUGGGGGAACUCAGCCACCACGACCACAGGGGUGAUGUCCAAACCUGCACCCCAGCUCUGGCUUCCCUCUUGACCCACAGAGCCAACCGCCUCCUGGUGUCCUGGUGUCUUCGCUGGGACACCCUUCUGGCCCCGCAGACUCAGCACAUCCGCAUCGGAGCACCUAAUGAGACUUCCUCUUGGGCUGCCCAUCUCGGGGGCAUCACCAUCAGCCUCCAACCAGGCGUGAAGUCGGAGCAUCCUGUAGACGCCUCCCUCUUCUCCUGUGUUCUUCACUCCUGCUGCGAGUGGGACACCGGGUCCUAUCACUUCUACCUGCUGCAAACUACUGUUCCUUUUCAAGUCUUGACUCGGAUGCCACCUCCCUUUGACUCCCCUGGAGGUCUCAGGUGCCCCUUCUCCUAUGGUCCUAGUGGAGCUUACACAGGCACCAUGGAAAAAUGGAAAGAAAAGAAGAGAAAAGAAAAAAGGAAAGAAAAGAAAAAGAAAAAGUGGACUGGAAGUUUGGAAGAUCACCUGGGUGGGGCUUGGAGGACCAAUAGCCAAAGCUACUCCGAGUUCCUUGGAGCCAUCGCUGCGGGCAGACAUCCUCUCUGGCCGCAGGUAUCGUCAGCAAGCUGUGCGUGCGCCCGGGUGCCGCAGACUCGCUGUGUGCUGUAAAUACCGUCCGUUUGCCGGGGAUGCAGUGUGUGGGCUGCACCUGGUGUUGCCCCCAUGUGCACACGUGUGUGCCACGGGCUCUGUCUGCAUCCUCCAAAUUUGUUCUCCUUUCCUUAGACACACGUGGCUGGUACACACAUCAUGCUGUGUGCCGUCACCACCUUGGACAUACCCCAGGGUUGGUGCACACAGGUGGCACUGAUGGUGUACACUGCGGACUGUUGGUGACUCCCAGACAUGACUGGGUGUCUGGAGAUACAGACGUUCUCCUCGAUGUGAGGAGAAAACCCCCGAGCUCCAGACUCAGCCUGGGCGCUGAGUUGUAUGUGGGUCCCCUCAGCGGGUGGAGGCCGCUGUGUGCUCUGGGUCUGUUCCCUUCAGGUAAUGAUGAGCCCAGCCACCGGAUGGCCAUAGCCCCAGAUUAGCUUGUAGCUGUAUCACUCUGAUCUCAGCCUCUGUCUCCACGUGGCCUUCUCCCUGUGGGGGUCUCCUCGGUGUGUGUCUGAAUGUCCCCCUCCUUUCUCUUAUAAAGACACUAGUCAUUGGAUUUUGGUCCCACCCUAAUUCAGUGUGACCUCAUCCUAGCUUAACUAAUUACAUCUGCAAAGACCUUAUUUCCAGAUAAAUUCACAGGCUGAGAUUCCAGUUGGACAUGAAUUGGUGGGGGGGAGCUAUUCAACCUAGCACAGCCCCCAUUCCUUGAGCUGUUUUUGAGAAGAACUGAGUUAAACCCUAUUAUACAUUAUCUCAUUUAAUCCUCCUGCAACCUACAGAGAUGGGUGUGGCCUUCCCCAUUUUAUAGUCGAGGCGGCUGAGGCUCAGAAGGGGAACUUCACUUGCGCAAGGAUACACAGCCAGUCAGAGGGGGCCCGGGCUUCGGCCCCAGGUCUGCUGGGGUCACGCUGCCCUGUGCAGCAGGGACAGUUCCAUACACACCCUGCAUCCUCAACUCAGGGUUUCUCAACCAAGCUCUACGGACAUUUGGGCCUGAUUAAUUCUUCACGUGAAGGGCUGUCCUUGCUCUGGAGGAUUAAACAUACUGACUUCUACCCACUCGAUGCCAGUAGCACCCUCCUUCCAGCUGUGACCACCCAAAAUGCCCCCUGACGUUGCCAAACCUGCCCCGGGAGGGUGGCUAACUUUGCCCUUGGUAGAGAACCCCUGCUCUAGACCCUGCAUCCUCUGGUGAGGAUGUGGUCUGUGUGAGUGGACCGGGGCUUGCCUCUUAGGUCUGACAAUGAGGUUCAGGGUCCUAGGUGGGAAGAAUAAUGAAGACAGUGCCUAUGUCCGGGGCUCCUGCAUGCGGUAUCUUGCUUCGUCUCCACCCCAACCCCUGAGGAAGCCCCCCCUGGGAGGCUGGUGAAAUCAGGGAUGCUCAGUACUUUUAGUACCUUUGCCAUUUUGCAAAAGGAAGUCCAUGUCGUCAGCUCUCCCAGGCUGCUCUCUGGGGCAUUGGGGAUACUUCCUGAUAUCCCAGUUGAUUUAGAAGCUCAAGGCCAUCAAGGCUCCAGGAGAGGAUUAUCUGUCCCCGAAACUGUUCCAAGUGCUCUCUGACUGGUGGAUUUCAAUACUUGCUCCUUUGUGGACUUUCAGCACCUUCAAGGGCAAGGUCCUCUCUGGGUGGAUCCAGAAGGUACCAUCCUAUUUUUCAGAAAAGCAGCAUCUUCUCUCCCCAGGAUGAAGCCCUAUCAGCUUACUAGGUAUUCUGUUCUAACUAUGCCUGACCCAGCUGAUGCAUGCGGAGUCCUGGCUUUUCAGUCUAAUGUGCUCAGAGAGGAGCAGUCAGACUUGGUCGGGGUCAUUCCUUUCAACCAAGCACCAAGUGUGCACCAGGCCCAGUUUCAGGUGUUGGAGGUGGAACCCCAUGGAGCCUGCAGUCUAGCUGGGCAGAGAGGAAAACACAAGUCAAACAAGCAAACACAGUCGUCAGGAGCAUAAAAGAUGCUGAGAUGGGGGAACCAGGGACUGGGAACGGGCCGCCAGGGAGGGACUCUGUCUUAGUCUGGGCCCCCCAGAAAGCAGGGCCUGAGACAAGGCAUCAGUGCAAGUACUUUGUGAGGAGCGUGAUCCCAGGGAGGAUUGAGGGACGCAGAACGAACCGGGGGGAGGGAGGGUCAGUGUGAGGGCCUGUCAUCAAGCUGGCCUCUGCUAUCUAGGGACAGUGUCUGCUCAAAUCCAUGGGACAAGUGGCGAGAUGGGGGAAGGGUUUGUCCACCACACCAGUCCCCCGUUGCUCAAAGGUUUACCCCAUUUUCUGGUCACUGGUUCGCCCCAUUGGGCAUUAUCUCUUCCUGAACGGUUGGGUUGCAAAUGUGUGGGCUCCAAGUGGGUUUCCACCAUGCAAUGUGCGGGGAGAAACCCCAAGGCAGGAGGUGAGCUGAGGGUCGCCCAGCCUGAGUGAGGCAUUGCCCUACUGCCCCUACGCAUCCACAGUGUUCAACGGUGUCCAGACAGCAUCUCCGAGGAAGUGACAUUUGGACUGGGGCCUGAGAUGAGAAUGAACCAGCCUUGUGCCUGACCCUCUGAGCCACCUGUGAGGAAACCUUCCAGAAAGAACCUGUGGUUGUGGCUUUUAUGGGUUGUGUCUUGACCUUUGGGGAGACCUUGGGCCAAGCCCCGUAAGCCUAGCUGGUUUUCUAAUGCCUACGCAGAACCAACUCUGGGUCCGGCAGAGUUGGCACCUGUAGGGAGUGCCCCCUGGGAAGUUAGAAGAGAUGUCCGGUGACAUAAACCAGGGGUUGGAACCUUCGUGUUUGAUGAUAAUUGUUGAUACUUUGGUGGCUCUGGAGCUGUUUUGCAGGGCUGUCCGGUCGAAUGCAUAAAAUAUAUGCAAUUAAAGAUUUCUAGGAGUCGUAUUAAAAUAGAAACAGGUGAAAUUAAUUUCAAUAAAAGAUUAUUUAAUCCAAUAUAU